GCAGAAUGCCGAAUGCAGAUGUGAGUUCUGAGUUCUGAGUUUUGAGUUGACUUGUGAGUUGAUACCUGCAACAUGUCCCGCAUAUAUAUAUAUAGCACGAUUUCUUUGCGUUAAACCACAAUAAUAAAAUUCUGGAAUCAAAAUGUCGAGCUACACAUUAACAAUGAACAAUAGACCAAACUCUAAGUCAAACUGUGGAGCGAAAAAUAUGUUUGCACGAUUUGAUGAAAGGUUUCCCAUGCAGCUAUUCGGACUGGUGCACGAGCAAGAGUUCCUCGACGUAGUUUCUCGUUUGAAUUCUCAAUUCAACGAUUACAGAGCGGGCUGCAUAGACUUCCAAAAAACUUCAUACAAGGCGCUUAUACCUUGCUUCAUGUGCUGUAUGGUUCCGAUACUCUUCUCGAAGUUCGCAAAGCUCGAAGAUAUGUUCUACAAUGAUAUAGAAAUGUGUCAGGGAUACCUCGACGAAGAAGCUAAUCCUAAAAGCAUGCCUCGUGGCGUACAGUGGAUCUUUGCGGUGUCUCAACACCAAGUAAUCACUGGCAUGGGUAGUGGCACAAGAACGGAGACGUUACCAGUGCCUUCUUUGACGAUACAAUGGUCCUCAUCCGCUGCUGCAGCUUCCACAGGCAUGAUACCAUCUGGUAGCAAAAACUCAGCAUUUAAAGAGCCCAUAACCGAAUACCCUCCACCCGCAUACGCGCCUGAAAGAAAGCCUAUAGCUACUCCGAAGAAAUGAGUGAAUGUUUACCGUUCAAAAUAAAAGCGUAGACUCGAAGUGCGAACAUAGACACUGACAAGAGUUCAUCAUGUUUACCGUCUGAUGAAUUACCACGCUUCAUACAAACUAUUUUAAUUAGUCAACUAAAAUGAGACAAGCACGCAGAAUGUUGUGAAAAUCCUUUAAUUUUCGAAUUACAUGGAAAACUGGAAGCAAAGUCCUAGCGGUAAAAAGUUACAAUUCAGCAGAGAUAAAUAAACAACAGUAUAUAUGACUUUCA